UUUGUUAUUAAACUUGGAAUGUAUUGUGUUGCCAGCUACCAAAAAAGAAAGUAUAUUUGACAAUGUAUCUAAAACCAUCAGAUAUCAGAUUUAGCCAAGAUUCAAUUGGACGUACGUUUGGCCGUUGCACUUCACAUCCAUACAAACCCAUUGGGGAAACGCUGGACGAAAUCCUCAAAGGUUUGAUAAAUGUGAACUGUAUUCCUGGUAUAUCUGUUUACAAAAAAGAUGGACUAUGGUUUACUGCUGGCAACAGAAGAUUGCGGGUGCUCCAAAAAGCAGAGAAACGGGGAAUGUGUAGUAAGAUUUAUGUUAGAGAGACAUUUUGUAUUGAUUAUAACAAAUUAACUACCAUAAACAAUGGCAUUUCCGUUUUUGUUCGAGGAAAUCCGGGUGGAUAUCUUUGGCAAACCAUGCCAGUUACGAAGAUGAAACUAAACCGACCACCUAAAACGGCGUUUUGUCCAACAAAACCUCCCGGUUUAACAAGUUCUUUCAAAUACAAAAGACACACUGAGAAGAAAAAUACUGGUGAGUUACCUGCAAAACAUAGUAAACACAGGGUUCCGACAAUCCAUGAGCAGAUAAUGUCGAAGCCUGGAGAAGGUUUACGUUUUGGACAGAAGGUUUCAAAAAAUUUUGACAAAAUGUCUGCACACAUGGGAAACCAAUACAGUACUAAUGUUGACUCUUAUUCGGAAAACGAUGAUGUUGAUGAAAAUAUAUCCAAUCUUUCCCCGGGAUCGGGGGCCUCACAACAAAAUGCCUAUGGUUGGUGUCAAAAGUGUGUAAUAGCUAAACCAAGGGAGUCGGAAGUAAAAGUCCACACAACAAAAGAGAAAAAAAUUGUGGAAAAACAGAAAAUAAGAGAUGACGUAUCUGCUCUUAUAAAUGGGCCUAGCGUUUCAGGAAUCCAAAAUUAUAAUACUUUUUUAAGAUCAAAUUCAGACACAUUUAGACGACCGGAAAAUAAAAAUGUUGCAGUGACCAUAUCUGAUGAAACCAAUGCCCGCUUUCACAAAUGUACCAUCUAUGAUCACUGCUUGGCUUUCUUUGUAUUUUUCUUGAUUGUUGCUUUCAUUGUUUUAUUGGGAUUUAUCAUAAGUAUUGCAACAUUUUAAAUGAGAUAUGUAGCCCACAAAUGAAAAGUUAUUGUUUUAACAUGCUUUAUCUCUUUGUUUCGCAAAUCACUGUGAACUUAUUCAUGCAAUGAUAUAUAUUUAUUACAUACAUACAUUACAUGGUUUUGAUUUCGUUACAUACUCUGCUAUAUUUUACUUUACCGGUAUCCUUAAAAACAGAGACACAUGCAUGGUAUUGAUUUGGUCACACAGUGUGUUAUAUUUUUAACUAUAUCUUAACAAUUAUCAAACAAAACCGUUCUUAAUGUGAACAAUGUACAAUAUCUGUACAAUGUUUGAGAGAAAUAAAAUUGAGUAUUAAUGUGUAAAUAUUACUACAUUAACGAAAUAUACAUGUUUUCUAAAUCACUAUAUUCAAACCACUAUGAUGUCCUACAACAUGACUUGUUGAUUGAUACACCAUUACACAAACUUUCAACUUGCUGUAGAAGGAUCUCAUUUGUUAAGAAAUUUCACAAAAAUGCAUACAUGAAUUAAUGAUGUCGUCAUUCAUGUGAAGUACUCGUCUUCUAGUAAUUUUGAAAUAUAGAGCGACCCGAGUUGUUUUCCUUACAAAACUAUGCACAUGAAUUGCUGUUUACAUGUCGCAUUACCUAUUUAGUUCAUAAUUUGAUUCUACAAUAAAAUUUUGAAAAAGACUUUACAAUGUGACAUUCUUAAAAUGGCCUUUUUAUUCAGACAAUAUAUUUUCCUCUUUUAAUUGUAUAUUUUGUCUUAGAAAAGGAUGAAUUAGUUAAAUGUUAA